AUGGCUGCUGCCCGAGGCUUCGAUACUCUUGCUGGUGUGACCCUUGCAUGCUACCUAUGCACAGAACACUUUGGUCCCUGCCAAUAACACAAACACACUGACAAUGGGAUAUGGAAGGUGUGCAGAGGAGGGCGACCAAGAUGAUCAAAGGUCUGGAAACCAAGCCUGAUGAGGAACGGUUGAAGGAGCUGGGUAUGUUUAGCCUGGAAGAAGAGGAGAUGGCCAUCUUCAAAUAUUUCAAGGGCAGUUUCAUGGAGGAUGGAGCAAGCUUGUUUUCUCCUGCUCUGGAUGGUAGGACUCGAACCCAGGGUCGUGUCUCCGUUGGGAAUUCAGGCACGUUGGAGACUGCUUAUUUUACACAUGGGUCUCGGUGGAGGAAGAGAGUUUGCAGUAUUACACCUUGAUCCCCACAGCACUGGAGUCCGAGUCAUCCUGCACACCAUUUUCAUGUCUCUGUCCCAGCCUGGCAAGAUGGUUCUGCCCCCAAAAAGCCUAUGCAAUCUCUUCUGGCCCUGUCGCGGUCUGGUCUAUGGGCGAUCGAAGUCCCGGCUGAGGAUGUUGGGACCGGGGGCAAGAUGGCGGGGUGGGAGCAGGAAUGAGAGUCCAGAAGCCAGGGGUCCGAGGGUCAGGAAGCAGGGAGUCACAAAGUCAAGGGUCUGAGGGUCGAGAAGCAAGGAGUCACGAAGUCAGGGGUCCAAGGAUAAAGAAGCAAGGAGUCACGAAGUCAAGGGUCCGAGGGUCGAGAAGAAAGGAGUCAUGAAGUCAAGGGUCCGAGGAUCAAGAAGCAAGGAGUCAUGAAGUCAAGGGUCUGAGGGUCAGGAAGCAGGGAGUCACGAAGUCAAGGGUCUGAGGGUCGAGAAGCAAGGAGUCACGAAGUCAGGGGUCCAAGGAUAAAGAAGCAAGGAGUCACGAAGUCAAGGGUCCGAGGGUCGAGAAGCAAGGAGUCAUGAAGUCAAGGGUCUGAGGAUCAAGAAGCAAGGAGUCAUGAAGUCAGGGGUCCGAGGGUCGAGAAGCAAGAAGUCAAGGUCCGAAGAUCAGGAAGCAAGAAGCCAAAUGCAGCAAGGCAGGGAACAUGUUGCUGUGGCAAAGAGCCAAAGCGAAAUGCUGACCUUAUAUCCCUUCCCGGCUCUUGCCACCAGGUGCAGUGAGUUACCAAGCAGCCUCACCUGUGUGGCCGCGCCUUGCAUCUCCAGAACAAACUUAGGAAGGCCCCAGUCCUGCAAAGCCCUACUGGUCACAGGGCCUGGCUCCUGCACGCACUCCUGACAGUCUCCUCCUUUCUCCUUCCCAAGAACUUUGGCUAAAUGUCCCCUCUCCUUCUCCAAACCUCACUGUUUUAAAAGGGACACAUCUUUCCUGUGUGACGUCUUCUCCACUCUUUGCAGCAGGGGAAAGAUAGCUUUUGGCAUUGCCAGUUGCCCUGAAUGGCCAAUUCCUGGCUCUCUAUUGCUUCUCAGUGGCUCGGCUCUUAUCUCACCUGGCUGGGCUGGUUUGCAUGAACUAACCCAGAAAAUUCUUUCCUGGCACCAUCCUGCAGCCCCUAACCCCAGCUGUUACUGGGCACCAACAGGAUGCACUUUGCACAUGGUCAGAGUCUAGUCUACCCACAUCCGUGUAGUGGAAGCCUGAUCUUUUGCUACACAGUGGUACCUCGGGUUAAGUACUUAAUUCGUUCUGGAGGUCCGUUCUUAACCUGAAACUGUUCUUAACCUGAAGCACCACUUUAGCUAACGGGGCCUCCCGCUGCUGCCGCUGGAGGACGAUUUCUGUUCUCAUCCUGAAGCAAAGUUCUUAAUCUGAAGCACUAUUUCUGGGUUAGCCGAGUCCGUAACCUGAAGCGUAUGUAAUCCCAGGUACCACUGUACAGAUGCAGGCUGAAAACUCCAUUGAAUAAAUUAUGCUCGGGCAGAGGUUAGCCGGUUUAGGAAUAUUUAGUAUAAAUCCACCACUUCCAGGAUAAAAAGAAAAGGUAAAGGACCCCUGAUUAGCCACAGUGGGUGGAUUCAAACUGCCAACCUUCUGAUCAGCAAGCCCAGUGGUUUACACCACAGUACCCCCCACUUUGUGGCUGACUCAACCUAGGUCCUUAGCAAGCAGCUCCAAAUUUAUCACCAAAAUGAAAGAAAGCUGGAAUAAUUGUUCCGCCUCAUCCCAACCCAUCUCCCAGGACCUCUCUCUGCCCUCCACCAAGCUGUUACUCUGGGGGGGGGGGCUGGAAAAGAGCCCAGACCCUCCCCUCCCCCCCUCCCACAGAUGUUCCCUUCUCUGCAUCCAUCUGCUGAAACUUUCUACCUCCCCCCCCCCCAGCUCGCCACCUCCUCCUCCUGUCCCUAACAGGAAAAGGAGUGGGAGCGAGCGAGAUCCAGCCACCCUCUGUACAGUGGUACCUCGGGUUACAGACGCUUCAGGUUACAGAUGCUUGAGGUUACAGACUUCGCUAAUCCAGAAAUAGUACCUCGGGUUAAGAACGUUGCUUCAGGAUGAGAACAGAAAUCGCACAGCAGCGGUACGGCAGCAGCGGGAGGCCCCAUUAGCUAAAGUGGUGCUUCAGGUUAAGAACAGUUUCAGGUUAAUAACGGACCUCCGGAACGAGUUAAGUUCUUAACCCGAGAUACCACUGUACCUCUGCUUUUGAAAGACUGCCCCCCCCCCUUAUCCUUGCCUGCAGUACACACACACACACACACACACACACACUUAUCUCUCCUUGCAAAGUUGCACCCUCAUUUCACGGGCAUAGCCAGGAUUUUUGUUAGGAGGGGGCCCAACAAGUUGAUGAGCUGUUUUGGGGAAAUCUCCCCCAAAAGCUUUUUUGGGGGGGGGAGAUGGGUGACAGGCUUCUGCGGGGGGGGGGGAGGAGCAGAACAUCCGUUAAUUGCCGUAUUUUUCGCUCUAUAAGACGCACCAGACCACAAGACGCACCUAGAGCUGGACCAUAAAGAAGGCUGAUCGCCAAAGAAUUGAUGCUUUUGAAUUCUGGUGCUGGAGGAGACUCUUGAGAGUCCCAUGGACUGCAAGAAGAUCAAACCUAUCCAUUCUGAAGGAAAUCAGCCCUGAGUGCUCACUGGAAGGACAGAUCCUGAAGCUGAGGCUCCAAGACUUUGGCCACCUCAUGAGAAGAGAAGACUCCCUGGAAAAGACCCUGAUGUUGGGAAAGAUGGAGGGCACAAGGAGAAGGGGACGGCAGAGGACGAGAUGGUUGGACAGUGUUCUCCAAGCUACCAACAUGACUUUGACCAAACUGUGGGAGGCAGUGGAAGACAGGAGUGUCUGGCGUGCUCUGGUCCAUGGGGUCACGAAGAGUCCGACACGACUAAACGACUAAACAACAACAGCCACCCGCCCAACUCAGAGAGACGAUCCCUGUGCGCCUCUCUCCGCGCGCGCGCGCAGCAGCAGCCUUUUGCGCGCUCUCUCCAAACCAGCUGGCGGCCGCCUUGGUUGGGCGCGCGGGGCGGAGCUGUGCACUUUGGAGACGCUCCCCGCCCGGGGAAGGCAGGGAAAGAGGAGUUGCAGCCGCCGCCGCCGUUCAGCUGGUGCCUUUGGAGAGGCAGCCGGCACAUGCUAGCACAGAGCGCGCGCCCGCCCGCCCGCCUGGCCGCUGGAGAGGAGGAGAUGCGGGGAAAGAAGGAGGGAUUAGUGCAGUGAAGGGGGAAGAAGAGGAGGAGGAGGAGGAGGAGGAGGGGAUGCAUCGAGCAGAGGUGAAAGGCUGAUCCCGGAGGGGUGUGUUUUGUGUGUGUGCGCGGAGAAAAGAGAUCCAGUUCGCCUGCUGGGGACUUCCACAAAAAGAGACAAGCCGAGCAGCCGCGAUUUUGCAAAGCGCUGGCCGUGGAGGCGGCAGCUGCUUCGUCUACUUCUGAAAGCUGCUUUCCUUGUGGAUUCCAUUGCAAGCCUCGCUUUUUUCCCUCCCCCUUCUUGCUCCAUUGCCGGUUUGGUUGUAUUUUUCUUUUUGAAAUUGCGUCUUCCCAGCCCCGGUCUGCUCCGCUUGGCGAGGAGCUUGGCUGCCGAGGAGGAGACGGAAGCAGAGAAACCUCUCCUCCAUUGCAAGUCUCCGAAGCCAAAAAUUAUAAAACAGGAAGGUGAGCGGCCGUCUGUGCUCUUCUUGCAAAACUUUCUGAUUUUGGCAAGCCUCUUUUGGAAGUCUUUUUGUGAGAGAAGGGGUGGGGGUCGGCGCUGGCUUGCUCUGCCGGCGACCCGAACUUGGGAAAGGGCGGGCGUGAAUGCGAAUUGGAUUCGCAUCGUUUGCGGAGAGCAGGCGCGGGGAGGGACUCUUUCCAGGUUGCAAGAGCUGGAGAAAGGCAGACAAAGGUGAGCUUUAUGAAAGUUGCGCCGCGUUUUCCCCGGAGCUCGUUUCCCCUGACGGGAAGGCAGGCUCGCCACAUCUCCUCCAUCAUGGGCGCAUUCAGACGUGCUGAUGUCCUGCAUCUUUCCCCCUUUCAUUCAUUCAUUUUUAAAUUUUUUUUACUCGAUGCUAAACUACCACGUUGGAUACCUGGUCUGUUUCCUAUCCAUCCAUCCAUACUUGGGGUGGAUUUUUAAAGCACCCAUUUCUGUCCCCGGGGGUGGAACAAGCGUACACACACACACACACACACACACACACGUACACGUGCUUUGAAACUUAAAGGGUCGGUUUCCAGAGAAACUGCGAUGGAGCGAGCUGAUCAAAACCGAGGGACGCCCUUGAAGCCGAUCUGUUCAAGAGAGGUGUGUGUGUUUGUUUGUGUUUGUUCCCUUCCUGAAAUCAAAGGCAUUCAUUAUUUUCCAGGACUUUUGCAAAGUUCUGGCUUAAAGGAUGCUUUCAAAUGGAACUGCUUUCUUGCCCGCUGAGUGAGGAGCUUAAAACAUUUCAUUGCGAAGAAGCUAUUAUUAUUAUUAUUAUUAUUAUUAUUAUUUAUUUUGCCUUGCUGGUGUGUUUAUUAGCCUUGGAUGCAGCUAACACGUGUUAGUGUGUGGAAUGAAUUCAUUGGAUUCCUUAGGGCUGAUUCCUUAGGUGUUUAGGUAGUUACAUACUUAAGACAUUUAAAGUGUAGAAGUCAAACAUUGUAAGGUGGUGAACGGGUCAUUAAAACGAAGGGGCAAAUGUGUGUUUGCAUGUACACACACUGGCCUGUUGGUCUACUCUGCACGCGCCCAGCGAUGCCUUGCACAUGUGAACGGACCAGGAACAGAACUUCGAAACCCACUAUGUAGCUGCGAGGGAUCGAGACAUGUGGGUAGUAGAAUAAGGUGGUGUGGUUCUGAAAUGGGGAAUGGACUGUACCGCUGGAGGUCGGAGUUCAUGUUUUUGGAUGCUCCCCGCUUGCAAGUUUCUGCGCAAGGUGCAGGCUCACCUGGAACAUUAACCCCCACGUGUUUCUGUUUCCUUUUUAAAAAAGCAAAUAAGUGGGGCGGUGGGGGAAUAAUGAUUUAAGCGAGCAUUUGAAAAUGCCCCCUCCUUAUUCCAGUUGUACAAUCCACUUCCCCACUCCAUCAUUAGUAGAAUUGAGUUUCAUGUUGUCCAUCUUUCACUAGCCUGGUUCCCUUCAGAUGUUUUGGACUAACAGCCUGGAGAGCUCAGUUUGUGAGAGCGUGGUGCUGAUAAUGGCAACCUUGCAGGUUUGAUUCCCAUACUGGACAACUGCAUAUCAUUCUACCUGGACACUGAGGUCCAGCACCAAGGGACUUCUGCAAGAAGCCAAGUUACAGGGAACCAGGCAGAGGGCCUUCUCGGUGGUGGCGCCCUCCCUGUGGAAUGCCCUCCCACCAGAUGUCAAAGAGAACAACAACCACCAGACUUUUAGAAGACAUCUGAAGGCAGCCCUGUUUAGGGAAGCUUUUAAUGUUGGAUGUAUUACAGUAUUCUAAUAUUUUUUGGGAAGCCGCCCAGAGUGGCUGGUGAUGCCCAGCCAGAUGGGCGGGGUAUAAAUAAUAACUUAUUAUUAUUAUUAUUAUUAUUAUUAUUCCUGCAUUGCAAGGGGUUGGGCUGGAUGACCCUCGAGAUCCCUUCCGACUCUAGGAUUCUUUCAUUCUGCAAACCAUCUGAAAGCGGGUCUGGAAGGAGCUCCCUUCAGUGUUUCAGACGGGGAAGUUCCCAUCCCUACCUGUAAGUGCCAGGGAUUGAACCUGGUGCCUUCUGCAUGCUAAGCAGGUACUCCAGAACCAUAAGCUCAUAAGAAUCCGCCUUCGACUGAGUCAGACAUAAGUGGGUCUCCUGAGCUUCAGACAGCUGCCCUUCCCAGCCCUACCUUAAGACCCUGGGUUUCGAAAAUGAGUCCUUCUGCACUCCAAGCAUGUGCACUGCCUCUGAGUUGCUGGGUCCCUUCCGUUGCCUCACUGAGCUGUGCGUGUGGAGAAAUCCGGUGGUACCAAUGUGAACCAAUUUCUUUCUUCUUUGGCGCUCCCUCGUAGCUGAGUAAGAUCAUCUUCCAUAACAGGGUUUUAGCAGUGAGUCCGUAAGUGACUGUGGAGGCCAAUUCUGGAUCCACACGUCCUUCCACAGUGGGGGCAUUGGUUUCCGGGCAGGAGUUGAUCACGGUGUGGAUUUGCCAAGCGUGCCUUCCUCUUAGCGCAUUUCUACCUUGCAUCCUGAGUUUGAGUGUCUUCAAAGCCCACGACACUUUUGGUAAAGGCUGUUCUCCAUUAGGGAGAAGGUUUCGCCUCCUGUCAAGUCUGAAAGGGAAUUCAGCUGGGUUAGGAAACCUUCCUUCCCACGGCAAAUGAUAUUGGCUAGACAGUGGUACCUUGGUUCUCAAACGCCUUGGUACUCAAGCAACUUGGAACCCAAACACUGCAAACCCGGAAGUAAGUGUCCCGGUUUGUGAACUUUUUCCGGAAUCCGAACUUACUCCAUUUUGAGUGUUACGCUUCCAGUUUGAAUUCCACACUUCCAAUUUGAGUGUUACUCUGACGUCUGUCUGUUUUUGCUAUUUAUUUUACACUUUUGUUUUUGCGGCUCUUUUUAUUUUGUUUUUGUGACUGUGUGGAACAACUCGGUCCUGCUAUCGAUUGAUUGAUUGAUUGUGUGACUGCAGCACAUUGUUUAUCGCUUUCAUUUUACAAAUCAGUGGUCUUGUUAGAUAGUAAAAUUCAUGUCAAAUUGCUGUUUUAGGGGUUGUUUUAAAAAGUCUGGAAUGGAUCAAUCCGUUUUGCAUUGCUUUCUAUGGGAAAGUACACCUUGGUUUUGGAACGCUUUUGGUUUUGGAAUGGAUUAAGUCUGAGAAUCAAGGUACCACUUGAACUGCUCCUUUCCUUUUGCACUCUCUCUCCACUUUAUAAUCUAGGUUUCUCCUCUUCCUGGAAGUGUGCUAGCAAUUGCCACGGUGGCUGCAAGUAAUAUGAUCGGCGGCUGGCGUUCUGGUGCCUGCCUCCAGUGCCCAGUCUUUGCUUUCAAACAUUGCCCCCUUCUCUGUUUUCAUGACCACCCACCCACCCACAGCAACCCUCCACCUUGCAGUUUACCCUCCUCUCUCUCCCUUCUCCUUCCUCCCCCCACCCCAUCCCCCAAACAGGCCAAAUUAUCGGGAAAAGAGUUGUGUAAUUGAGUAGGAGCCUGUUUCUGGGACCUUUGCUGUAAAAACUUCCCUAGUAAGUUGUGACAGGAUUAAAGGGAUUCCUGAAUUGAGGAAGUUGAAACCCCUUUCUCUGAACACAAAGCUUGAGAGAGGUUAAAAAGUUUGCUCUUGGGAGAUAAGCCCAGACAUGUCAUUGCCCUGUCUGGAUUGAAAUUCCAGGACAUAAAAAUAGAGAUCUUGGCUGCGUUUGGGUGCAAUGCUUAAAUGUCUGCGCCAAAGAAGAAAGCAGGAAUCGCUCCGACUUUUAGAAUACCCUGUCUUUGAUGUAAGAAGAGAUCAUUGUUUCAUGUGUUUUUUACAUGGCACAUUCCUUGGAGGUUUCUAGGCAGAGGCUGGAUGGCCAUCUGUCAGGGAUGCUUCAGCUGAGAUUCCUGCAUUGCAGGGGGUUGGACUAGAUGACCCUUGGGGUCCCUUCCAACUCUACAAUUCUCUGAUUCACUGCCUGUGGUGCCUUGCUGUAUUGUGCACAGACUAGGAGAGGUGGGUCCCUGCUCUCUAGGAAUAAUAAUAAUAAUAAUAAUAAUAAUAAUAAUAAUAAAUUUUAUUUAUAUCCCGCCCUCCCCAGCUGAAGCCGGGCUCAGGGUGGCUAACAACACUAAAAUAGUGCAACAUUAUAAAAACAUUAUAAAAAUUAAUUAAAAUCAAAAUUGAUGGCAACCAUAAACUAAAGUUUUGUAAAGAUUGCCAAAGGAGGGAGUCAGGCUGUGCCCUGACCAAAGGCCUGGUGGAACAGCUCUGUCUUGCAGGCCCUGCGGAAAGAUGUCAAGUCCUGCAGGGCCCUUGUCUCCUGUGACAGAGCGUUCCACCAGGUUGGAGCGGCAGCCGAAAAGCCCUGGCUCUAGUUGAGGCCAGCCUAACCUCUCUGUGGCCUGGGACCUUCAAGAUGUUUUUAUUUGAAGACCGUAAGUUCCUCUGUGGGGCAUACCAGGAGAGGCGGUCCCGUAGGUACGAGGGUCCUAGAAUCUGAAUCUACAAUCUGAAAUUGUCAUUGGAGAAUGAGGAAUAAUAAUAAUAAUACAGAGGUACCUCUGGAUGCGAACAGGAUCCAUUCCGGAGCCCCGUUCGCAUCCUGAAGCGAACGCAACCCGCAUCCGUGCGUCUGCACAUGUGCAGGUCACAAUUUGCCACUUCCGCACAUGAGUGUGACGUCAUUUUGAGAGUCUGCGCAUGCGCAAGCGGCGAAACCCGGAAGUAACGCACUCCGUUACUUCUGGGUCGCCGCAGCGCACAGCCUGAAAAUGCUCAUCCCAAAGCUACUUCAACCUGAGGUAUCAUACCUCAUGUUACGUCGGCUUCAUGUUACGUUUUUUCAGGUUACUUUCCCGCGGCGACCCAGAAGUACCGGAAAGGGUUACUUCCGGGUUUCGCCACAUGCGCAGAAGUGCAAAAUGAUGUCACACGCAGAAGCGGCAAAUUGCAACCCGCGCGUUCGCAGGUACGCCGCUGCUAGUUGCGCUCCUUUCAUGUUGCGAACGGGCCUCCAGAACAGAUCCCAUUCGCAACCAGAGGUACCACUGUAAUAAUAAUAAUAAUAAUAAUAAUAUUUUAUUUGUACCCCACCCUCCCCAGCCGGAGCCAGGCUCAAGGCGGCUAACAUAAUAAAACUAACACAGUAUACAAACAACAUAAGGACAUAAAAACAGGCAAAGGAAGAUGAACAGGCGUGGGUGUCAAGUGAGAAAAUAGCAUGGCAUGUCCUUCAAGGUGGGUGGCUCUGCUAGGUUGGACCAGCUGGGCCUUCUCAGUGGUGGCUCCCUGUUUGUGAAAUAUCCUCCCCGAGGAGGCCCACUUGGCAGAGUCAUUGCCUAUGUUCAGGCACCAAGCAAAGCUGUUUUUAUUUACCCAGGACUUUUUUGCCCUCAACUUGGAGGGUUAUUGGAUAAGUGUAUGGCCUCUCAUGUGUGGGACGCGGGUGGCGCUGUGGGUUAAACCACAGAGCCUAGGACUUGCCAAUCAGAAGGUCGGCGGUUCGAAUCCCUGAGAUGGGGUGAGCUCCUGCUCCUGCCAACCUCGCAGUUCGAAAGCACAUCAAAGUGCAAGUAGAUAAAUAGGUACUGCUGUGGCGGGAAGGUAAACAGCGUUUCCGUGCGCUGCUCUGGUUCGCCAGAAGCGGCUUAGUCAUGCUGGCCACAUGACCCGGAAGCUGUCUGCGGACAAACGCUGGCUCCCUCGGCCCAUAGAGCGAUAUGAGCGCCGCAACCCCAGAGUCGGUCACAACUGGACCUAAUGGUCAGGGGCCCCUUUACCUUUUUUAUGGCCUCUCAUGCUUUCGGUGGCGUGAGUUGGAUAUGUCUUUUUGUGACGAUUUACGCUUGCACUUUUUAGGUUCUGGUUUUAUCCUUCUUCCUGCGCACGGUGAGAUUUGUUGCUAUUUCUUGUUUUGCAAUGCAAGUCGCUUCGAGACACUUUGAGGUAGCAGAUGAUGGGAGCUGGUCAAGUGUCUGGCUGGGCAGCUAGCAGCGAGGGACGAGGACGCCGCUCCAGACAGAGGAAGAAGGCGACCUGGAAAAGUUGUGCCCACGGGUACUAAUAUGGGUGCCCCCUGCAAUCCCAUUGCAAGGGUUUGGACUAGUUCUGCCCCUCAGUGGUACCCAGCAACUCUACAGUUCUGUGAUCCUAUACAUGUAGGCGAGUCAAGGCCUAGAUUUCCAGCAUGGACAGAAUUCAUGCCUCUGCAAGAAAAAAAAAAAUAAUUGUCAUAUUUAAAGAAAACCUCCGGUGAACUUUGCAACCAGGCAAGAAAAUGAGGAAAGGUUUAUUAGUCAUGCCUUAGUCAAAAGGAAGUCCGAGACAGAUGAAUCGACUCUGAACCAUUGUGUGUUUGGGUUGCGGGGGAUAUUUUAAAAAAAUAAACAGACGGAAGCCUUAUUCUGCUGAUUCAGAAACCGAAAACAGGCUGUGCAUACCUUUAAUGCACAUUCUUUCCCUCAAAGAGUUCUGGGCAAUGUCAAUUAGUCCUCUCAGGGUUAAGAGGUCCCAGCAGCCCUUAAAGAAUUCUUUGAGGGGAAAACAUAUGGUUUAAAGAUAUAUAAAGGUGUACACAGCUUUGGUCUGCGUUAGCCUUAAUAGAAGAAGCAAGACAAAUUCUGCAUAGAGGUGCAAAACCACCACACAUUUAGGGCUCCCUUCCAUCCAAUCUAUGCAUCGCUUCUGCAUGGUCUGAAGGAGUCCAGAAAAGACUAACAGGAACAAGAAAAGGCAGAAUAAAAUAUAUAAAUCAAAAAUGCAUUAAAGCAAUUAUACUGAAACAGCAAUGGGGGGCAGGUUCGUGUUACUAUUAGCAGGUAAAGCCCGCCCGCUAAAAGCAUUUUUGCUUAAGACGAGCCUACCCAGAUAUUUAGAAAGUUGGUGCGAGUUUUAAUCUGUUUGUUGUUUAUUCUUGUUUCAACUUUCCUAAAGUCUUACUGACAAUUUUAUUGUUUGGUGUUUAUUCCUGCAAACCGCUUCAAGGUUUCUUUACAAUCAAGCUGUGUAUGAAAUUGAUGAAAUGACUGAAAACAAACAAACAGCAGCCUAAAAUAACCCCCGCACCCAUCCAAACAAUAAAAAAGGUAAAGGGACCCCUGACCAUUAGGUCCGGUCGUGACCGACUCUGGGGUUGCGGCGCUCAUCUCGCUUUAUUGGCCGAGGGAGCCGGCGUACAGCUUCCGGGUCAUGUGGCCAGCAUGACUAAGCCGCUUCUGGCGAACCCGAGCAGUGCAUGAAAACGCCGUUUACCUUCCCACUAGAGCAGUACCUAUUUAUCUACUUGCACUUUGACGUGCUUUCGAACUGCUAGGUUGGCAGGAGCAGGGACCGAGCAACGGGAGCUCACCCCAUCCCGAGGAUUCGAACUGCCAACCUUCUGAUCAGCAAGUCCUAGGCUCUGUGGUUUAACCCACAGUGCCACCCGCGUCCCUUAUCCAAACAAUAAACCACCCCAAAACGGACUGUUACUUAUUUUCCCAGGCAUUUGGAGAGAAGCAUGUAUUUGUCUGUCAUCCUUGAGGCUGUAAUGCCGCUUGCCAGGGAGGCUUUCCUGGGAAGAACAUUCCACAUCGGGGCCACCCCGGAAGAGACCUCUCAUCUCACUACCCUUUGAGCAUCUCUUGGGAGGCGGCGCCCUUGGUGAAUGUCCCUCUUCCCCGUUCUCCUUGCGGCAACUGAGGAUACGCAUCAGACAAAGUUGGAGUCUGUCUUCCUUGAUCUAGUAGACCCUUCUCCUUCCAGACUUAGGGAGAGGCAGGUUCCCUGUUCAUGAAUGUUGUCGUCUGCUUUGGUGAUCCCUCGUAAGAUUGUCUUCCAUGAACACAAACUUAACAAUGAGUCCGUAAGUGACUGUGGAGGCCAAUUCUGGAUCCACACGUCCUUCCACAGUGGGGACAUUGGUUUCUGGCAAGAGUUGAUCACGGUGAGGGUUUGCCAAGUGUGCCUUCCUCUUUCGUCCUGAGUUCGAGCAUCUUCAAAGCCCAUGACACCUUUGGUAAAGGCUGUUCUCCAACUGGAGCACUCGCAGGCCAGUGUUUCCCGGUUGUCAGUGUUUAUACUACAUUUUUAAAGAUUUGCCUUGAGAGAGUCUUUGAACCUCUUUUGUUGACCACCAGGAUUACACUUUCCAUUUUUAAGUUUGUUUGAGUACAGUGGUACCUCGGGUUACAGAUGCUUCAGGUUACAUACGCUUCAGGUUCCGCUAACCCAGAAAUAGUACCUCGGGUUAAGAACUUUGCUUCAGGAUGAGAACAGAAAUCGUGCGGCGGCAGCAGUGGUGCUUCAGGUUAAACACAGUUUCAGGUUAAGAACGGACCUUCGGAACGAAUUAAGUACGUAACCAGAGGUACCACUGUAGUUAAUCAGGCAUCCGCACAACAUUGAACUGAACGAAAUUGAUGUCGAAAAAUCAUUGCUUCGACAUGGGUGAUCUUUGCUUCUUCCAACACGCUGGCAUUAGUUAGCCUAUGAAUGUCGUAGUGUUGGCUCACUAUGGGAUUGUUCAUAGCAGAGGAUUCCAAGCCAUGUUCCUUGGAAAAUUCUCCGGGGGGCAAUGAGAUGAUGAACGAUGAUGGAUGAACGUCCUUGAAAGACCAGCUGCCCCACCCUGCUGAACUUCCUUUGCAAAUGCGCAGCUACAGAGGAGAGAUGGAUGUGUCCUAAGAUGCACUUUUGGUCAAAAGAGGAUGAUGUUCUGCAAGCCUGGCUGGUAAUUAUUGCAAGUGGGACUUGCAACAAAAUUUUUCGCCAGAAGCGGCUUAGUCAUGCUGGCCAAAUGACCUGGAAGCUGAACGCCGGCUCCCUCGAUCAAUAAAGCAAGAUGAGCGCCACAACCCCAGAGUCGGCCAUGAUUGGACCUAAUGGUCAGGAGGCCCUUUACCUUUACCUAAGUAGCCAUGGCCUACUGUAAGCUAUAAGGGUGCUGCAAUCUCUACUUUCCCAGAACUGAAGGGUCGUCGUAGGCUUCUGUCUCAGCCCAGUUUGCAAUGGAAUACAGGCAAUGGAUAACUGCCCAAUUGUACCUUCUCAGGGUGAGUCUAGUCCAGGCCUCCCCAAACUCAGCCCUCCAGAUGUUUUGGGACUACAACUCCCAUCACCCCUAGCUAACAGAACCAGUGGCCAGGGAUGAUGGGAACUGUAGUCGCAAAAACAUCUGGAGGGCUGAAUUUGGGGGUGCCUGGUCUAGUCUCUAGUGCUUCUGCACAGCACAGCAGCAUUCUUGAAAACCACUCAGAGCCCGGCCUGCAGUUUUCCGUGUGAACUACACUGCAGGGGUCCUGUUAAGUCACCUCUUCCUGUGACUGUUCCAAUCUUCAGCCUGGAGCUGCAUUUGCCUUGGCAUGGAUUUUAGAAAAAUUGCACCACACUGUUACCUUGGUUCUCAAACUUAAUCCAUUCCGGAAGUCCGUUCCAAAACCAAAAGCGUUCCAAAACCAAGGCGCACUUUCCCAUAGAGAGUAAUUCAAAACGGAUUAAUCCGUUCCGGACUUUUAAAAACAACCCCCAAAGCAGCAAUUUGACAUGAAUUUUGUUAUCUAAGGAGUGUACUGCAGUCACACAACCUAUCAGUCAGUAGCUGAACUGGGUUCCACACAGUCAUGAAAAAGUGCCGCAAAAACAGACAGACCUCAGCAUUACACUCAAAUCGGAAGUGUGGCACUCAAAACGGAGCAUAUUCAGCUUACAAAAAAAGUUCGCAAACCGGAAUACUUACUUCUGGGUUUGCAGCGUUCGGGUUCUAAGUUGUUUGAGUACCAAGGCAUUUGAGAACCAAGGUACCACUGUAAAUAAUAACUGUGUUGCAGAAGGAGCUCUUCUUCCUGCCGCUACAUUUAGGGAUUUUUGUGUUCGCAACAAAAAAAACACGUUACCGGUUCCAGCUUCAUUAAAGUCUUUACUUUUUCUAACUAACCCUCGUUGGUGCCUAUAGACAGCUCUCUUUUCCAUCCCUGGGAACAUUUAAAAAUAGCCUCUCACUGUGAGCCAGGAAGUGAGACCUAUCCAGACAAUGAGAUUGUUCUUUUCCGUAUAUCUCUGUGUCUCUGUCCUCCUGUUCCAGCCACCGCAGGGAAGGCUUUGACUUCCACCUGUCUGUCUCAUCCUCUUUUCAAACCACCUAAGUUGGUGGCUAUCCGUGAAGCACAUUCUGCAGAUUAACAAUGGUCUGUGCCCUCCUUCCUUCUGUCUAGCCUGAAUCAUCCAACGUUCAUUUUUAUUAUUAUUGUAUGUUCCUGAGUUCCAUUGUUAUGUGCAAGGGGGGGAAAAAUCUCUGCUUUCUCUGCACCAUAAUUUUAUACGCUCCCGGUCGUGGUUCCCCCAUCUUACCUUCUUUUUCCCCAACUUAAAAAGGGAGAAUCACACCUUGAUCAUUUUUGGAUGGCCAUUUCUGAACUUUUUCCAGCUCUGCCGUUUCCAACUGACACCAUCUGAACUUUUUAGCGUCUUCCAAGUGUGGUUGCACAAGGUGAUUUCUGUUAGCGGUUUUUUGCUAUUGCAAUCAAAGUGGCUUGCAAAGGAGAAAAGGAAAGGAAAGGAAAACCAAAUUUAAAGGUCAAAUAGCACUUUAAAAUGAUAGAAAGCACGACAGUGGCAGUCUUUUCUCUUUGGCGAUCACUCAUAGGCGAGUAAGAUUGUCUUCCAUAAACACAAUUUUAACAAUGAGUCCAUAAGUGGCUGUGGAGGCCAAUUCUGGCUCCACACGUCCUUCCACAGUGGGGACAUAGGUUUCCGGCGGGAGUUGAUCACGGUGAGGGUUUAACCAAGCAUACCUUCCUCUUAGCUCAUUUCUCCCUUUUGUCCUCAGUUCGAGCAUCUUCAAAGCCCAUGACACCUUUGGUAAAGGCUGUUCUGCAAUUGGAGCGCUUGCAGGCCAGGGUUUCCCAGUUGCCUUGAGAGAGUCUUUGAACCUCUUUUGUUGACCACCAGCAUUACGCUUUCCAUUUUUAAGUUCGGAAUAGAGCAGUUGUUUUGGAAGACGAUAGUCAGGCAUCCACACAACAUGACCAGUCCAACGAAGUUGAUUUUGAAGAAUCAUUGCUUCAACACUGGUGAUCUUUGCUUCUUCCAGUACACUGGCAUUAGUUUGGCUGUCUUCCCAGGUGAUGUGUAAAAAUUUUUGGAGACACCGUUGAUGGAAUCUUUGGAGGAGAUGGAUAUGGCUUUUAUAAGUGGCAAACCCAGUAGUGUUUCACUGCUCGCGCAUGCGCAGAAGCAGUGCUCUGGUUGCGAAAACUUCGGGAUAUGGCCGGACCUCCGGAAUGGAUCCCGUUGAAAACCGGAGGUACCACUGUACAGUGGUACCUCUGGUUACGUACUUAAUUCGUUCUGGAGGUCCAUUCUCAACCUGAAACUGUGCUUAACCUGAAGCACCACUUUAGCUAAUGGGGCCUCCUGCUGCCGCCGCUGCACAAUUUCUGUUCUCAUCCUGAAGCAAAGUUCUUAACCUGAGGUAAUAUUUCUGGGUUAGCGGAGUCUGUAACCUGAAGCGCAUGUAACCUGAAGUGUAUGUAACCCGAGGUACCACUGUACUUCCCUUGAUCUGGAUGAGGAUUUGCGAACCAGCCUCUGGAGAACUCGGAAAGCGUGUCAUUAAAAAAGUGACCUGCGUUUUAUUUAAAAGGUGCAUCAGCGAGAGGCAACAGUGCUUCCUAACGCCAGCUACUGGAAACCUCAGGAGGAGAAGAGAAUGCUUUUGUGCUUGAAUCCUCCUUGCAGGUUUGCUGCAGUCAUCUGCUUGGCCAGGAAUAGGACAGGAGGCUGGAGUAGAUGAGCCGUUGACCCCAUCCAUCUGCAGACCUCCUGAACUCCUGAUUCCAUCUCCCUUCCAUGCUACUGAACACAAGCAGUUUUUUGAUGAGGCGUGGGACUUUUCCCACUCUCCCUUAGCUGGUUCCUUUGGCUUUCCUCCUCCACUGGCCCUCCUGUGGAAGGAGGAGGAGGCAGCGUUUGUGCAAAGGAGGGGCCUGCGCACACUUUUUUGAAGACAAGUAUUCCUUUUACAUUUGUCUUUGCAGUUUCUUGAGAGUUUCAAGCCAAGGGAGGCAGGACACACAGAGAGAAGGCCGGCCGUGUGUCACUUUUUGGCUGGUUCUUUCACUCAGUCAAUUCCUCACCAAUUUUAUAUAUAUAGUUUUUUAACAUAUUAAACAAUGAAGUUCAAACUCGUUUAUGAGAAAAUACAAAACAUGAUUGUACAGAAAAAGAAAAGAGAAAAAAGAACAGAGAAAGAGAUCCUUUAUCACAUUAUUUUGUGCCAGAUUUUGGAUGAAGUACAGUGGUACCUCGGGUUACAUAUGCUUCAGGUUACAUACGCUUCAGGUUACAUACUCCGCUAACCCAGAAAUAGUACCUCGGGUUAAGAACUUUGCUUCAGGAUGAGAACAGAAAUCGUGCUCCGGUGGUGCGGCAGCAGCAGGAGGCCCCAUUAGCUAAAGUGGUGCUUCAGGUUAAGAACGGACCUCUGAACGGACGAAUUAUGUACUUAACCCGAGCUACCACUGCAAAAUGAUUUUGGAGCACCGAGACUUAUAUUUUUUGCAGGGGGGGCGGUUUGCAGGGAGACAGACACCCCAAAGCAGGUAGGCACGGAUAUAAGAUCGGAAACGUGAAAUUCAGACUGCAGUGAGGCCCUCUGACAAUCCGAGCCUUGUGAAGUGCUUACUCAGAAGUAAGUUCUGCUCGGCAAAGUGAGGUUCCCUUCCUGCUUCGUCUGCUUACAGCCAAGGCUUGAUAUUUGUCUUAUCUCUGUGGUUUUGCUAUGUAGCUGCUCUGCAAGAGUGCCUGCCUGGCAGAAUUUGGCUCAGCAGGCUAUUUGAAAUAAUCCUUCGUUUGGGACGGAAAUAGAUGUGUGCAUGGCUUGAAAUGCAGGCCAGGGUCUGCCCUUCCCUGUCGAUAAACUUUAAUGAGUCCCGCAGAGACAAAAGUUGCUGUUUCUCCGGCGGCAUAUAGUCAUACGCUGGGCAGUAUGGUUUAGUGGGUAGAGCAGCCUCCCUCCGCCCCGGCAACCUGGUGUCCUCUAAAGCUUUUGGAUCACACUCUCAGCCACAGCCAAGAUGCAGUGUUAGGAAUUAGCUGGGCGCGUUUUGCUACUGGCGCAGGUCCAAAUGCAGAGAUUCCUGGGCACCAGGUUUGACCCCAGUUUAUAAACCCCUCGGCCUUAGUCCAUAGUUAAUAUCAUUUCCAUUUCCACUGAGUGUGUCUCUCCUCCUUGCAUACCAGACAAGUGAAUUGUUGUAAGAGCAAGUUGCAGUCAAGCAAGCUACAUCUGUACAGUGGUACCUCGGGUUAAGUACUUAAUUUGUUCCGGAGGUCCGUUCUUAACCUGAAACUGUACUUAACCUGAAGCACCACUUUGGCUAAUGGGGCCUCCUGCUGCCGCCGAGCCACUGCUGCACGAUUUCUGUUCUCAUCCUGAAGCUAAGUUCUUAACCCGAGGUACUAUUUCUGGGUUAGUGGAGUCUGUAACCUGAAGCGUAUGCAACCCGAGGUACCACUGUAUCUUGGUUGAUGAACGCCUUGCAAGUCAAAUGCUUUGGCUCCUGAACGCCGCAAACCCAGAAGCGACUGUUCCGGUUUUCGAAUGUUCUUUUGGAAACCGAACGUCCGGUGAGGCUUCCGAUUGGCCGCAGGAACUUCCUGCAGCCUAUCGGAAGCUGCGCUUUGGUUUCUGAAUGUUUUGGAAGUCGACCGGACUUCCGGAACGGAUUCCGUCCGACUUCCGAGGUACGACUGUAGUUGAGAUCAUAGAAUUGUAGCAUUGGGGAGGAAACCCCUGAGUUAAUCCAACCCCCUGGUGAAAAGACAUUCUGCUAUGGCGACUGCAACCUAGAUUUCAUGUGCCAUCGGGCACCUAGCUUGCAUAUCUGAGUUUCUAACACCUCCAGCAUGCGAUACCUAGGACUGAUGGGCGUUGUAGUCCAAAACAUCUACCGGGCCUCAGGUUGGCGGAGAUUGGGAUAUAGUGUUGAAUUCAUAACUCAUUCAAGGAUUGAGCUUGGAUCUGGGCUCUUGAAAUGGCCACAUUCCUCCUGAAUCUCCUUGGCCAAUAUCUUGGGGAGCCGAUUUCCCCAGUAAAUUAGAGUAAAAAGGUAAAGGGACCCCUGACCAUUAGGUCCAGUCGUGGCUGACUCUGGGGUUGCGGCGCUCAUCUUGCUUUAUUGGCCAAGGGAGCUGGCGUACAGCUUCUGGGUCAUGUGGCCAGCAGGACUAAGCCGCUUCUGGCGAACCAGAACAGUGCACAGAAAGGCCGUUUACCUUCCUGCUGGAGUGGUACCUAUUUAUCUACUUGCACUUUGACAUGCUUUCGAACUGCGAGGUUGGCAGGAGCAGGGACCGAGCAACGGGAGCUCACCCCAUCGCGGGGAUUCGAACCGCCGACCUUCUGAUCGGCAAGUCCUAGGCUCUGUGGUUUAACCCACAGCGCCACCCGCGUCCCUUCAAAAUUAGAGUAUUCAAGUAUUAAAGCCUGUUGCCUUCUUCCCAAAGCCCGGGAAGCUUCCCAGCUUAGGGAGGGAGACGUGAUGCUCAUGCUUGUGAUGUCAGGAUGUCCCAGCGUUGGCCCCGCCCCGCCCCUGCCAAUCACCCUCGAAAGCUGGCGCCUCUGCCCUUACAAAAAAAUUCACCGCAUGCCACUGAUCACAACCUCAUUUGUGCAAGACCCAUGCAGGUGCUGGGGAACAUUUGCAAGGGGCGAUGUUCAAGGCAGCCAUGCAAUUGUCCUGUCAUACGUUGUUUCCAAUGUUUCGGCACAGAGACACACUCCCUUGUGUUCAUCAGCUCCCCCAAGCCCCUCGUGGCACCACAAUAGUCCUUUUGUCUUUUUGAGACGGUGGACCAACGCUUCUGGAAUCCUGCCCAGACACCGGCUGGCUUGUUCCACUUCCUUGCCUUGGCAGGUGGUAGCUGUAGGAAUCUUUCCCGCAGGUUGGCACCUAGCCUGUGGUCAGCCAGCCGUGCUCAGGGCAGGCAGUUCAGCUUUGGGCACGGACAGGCUCUGGAACGAUGUCUGUGGGCUGAAGGCAUCAGUGUCAGAUUGGUUUGCAAAGCGGCACAGCAGAUCCCCAAUGGGGACUCCUUGCAGCUGCAGGAAUUUCACCCGUAGAUCUUGCAGCAUCUCAAACGGCCGUUUGGAAACCCUGCCCUCGGAACCGUUGAGGCUUCUCAACGGUUCCUCGUCGUUAAGAUUGCUUGCGGUGAGCAAGCAUCCCUGCAAGCUUGCCUGUUGUUAGCAAUGCCCUGUGGUGCAACAGCCACAGGCCAGGGCUUGAGCACAUCUCAAGGCGUUCUAGCCCAGUGUUGCGGGCUGGCUGGAAGCAGUGGUGUAGCGUGGGUUGCCGGAGCCCAUGGCUGCACAGAAGGGGUGGGUGGAAGGUAAAUGGUUGGAAUACACACAUAAUGCAGGCAUGGCCAAACUUGGCCCUCCAGCUGUUUUGGGACUACAGUUCCCAUCAUCCCAUACCCACUGGUCCUGUUAGCUAGGGAUGAUGGGAGUUGUAGUCCCAAAACAUCUGGAGAGCCAAGUUUGGCCAUGCCUGGCCUAAUGGCAUCCAUGUCACCCAGGAGAUCUCAGUCACAGAGAUAAGAAAAGUUGUUCCAUUGUCUGGAGAGGUCAUUUUCUGGUUUGCAUGGAGAGGCCGUUUUGUGUGGAAGCCUGCAGCUAUAUUGAGGCAGCACCAGGUGUUGAAAUUUUGCAUCCCUUUCAAUUUUCUGCCCGGAGCAACCACCCCCUUGGACCCCAUGCUACACCACUGGUUGAACGCAAAAGAAUGGUGGGAGGAACCAGCUGGGGGACCCCCAAGGGAAGAAGGUUCAGAGGCCGGAGAGUGAUGGUGGGACAACGAUGAGCGGUCAGAGGGAGAAGACUGGGGGUGUCGGAAGCUGCGGAGGCCACAGGGUUUAGUGAGCAGGGAGAGUCUGUGGCAGAGAGAAGGCCAGAAUCGGAGGCAGAAGCAGAGGCUGGAGAGGAAGGAGGCCAAGAGACGGGUCAGGCUGGUGAAGAGUCACAGGUGUCUCCCUCUCCUGCUGCAACAAGCUCCCCUCCUCGCUUGUCUCCCAGAACCAGAAGAGGCAUGAAAAGGGUGGAGGAAAGGUUGGCUUCAUGCAGGCGCAGUCUCCGAUUGCUUGGGGAAGGAACCCUGGAGAGGGAGGGGACUUAGCUGGCUGUGAGAAGGAGGGGACUUUCAGUCUCAGCAACUGAUCCCUCGGGCAAGACCCACCUGCGAUGAGAUUCUUGUGCUCAUUCGGCCUGACACUCCUUUGCCAAUUUUGCUAAUAAAGACUUAACUCUUGUUGCAUGCUGUGAUUUACUGCUGGGAGGAGUAAAUCCCCUGUUGAACAGGUCCUCCCCUCUGAACGUUCUUCCUAAUAUUUAGUCAGGAUCCUUGUCGCCUGAAUCCAUUGGUUCGGAUCCUGCCCUCUGGAGAAGCCGAAAGCAAGCUUGCUCCAUCUUCCAUGGGGAGAGCCCUUCCCAUAUGGCUCUCGUAUCAGUUUUCUUUUCUCCGGGCUAAACCUGCCCAGCAGUCCCAGCCUGCACUUCAAAUAAACAAAAACCGCAUCCCAAAAAUAGAGACGUUUCCUCAGUUUAAUUAACCUGAUUAAUCGGUUAGAGCCGUGCGUAAACUGCAAAGCAGACUCCUGAUUGUCCCUGAGGCCAGCUUAUUUUAUCUUGGAACAUUUUGUCUCUGCUGCGAUGCUAUGCCCCUCCUAUCAGGAACUGGGAGGCUGCAGGAGCCGCUUGAAUGAUCUGGAGAAGUUGAUGGAGUGCCGUCUUUCUAUCCCACUCCUGUGAUCUGGGAGACCUGGGUUCAAAUCUCCACUCGGCCAAGAACUUAGUUGGGUAACCUUGGGCCAACCACUCACUCUCAGCCUAGCCUACCUCACAGGGUUGUUUUCAGGAGAGAAUGGAGAGGGGAGAACCACAUAAGAGCACCUUGGAGGAAAGAUGGGAGAUAAAUUCCUAAUUUAAGCACAUAGGAAAAGCCUUGCUGGUUCUGGCCAAUGGGAGCCCAUCUAGUUCAACAUCCUGUUUUCUCCAUGGCCAGCCAGAUCACCACACCAGACCCUCUUCCCUCCUGCGGUUUCCAGCAACCUGAUCAAAGGAUCAGGUGAUGGGGAAUGACCUUCUGUGGCUCUGACGCUGAAGGGCAGCUGCCAGCCAGAGUACAGCGUGCUGAGCUAGAUGGACCAAACUUGAGGAAGGCAUUGCGCAAAUUCAUGGGAGAUAAGGGCUAUCGAUGGCUACUAUCCACAGGGGAGAUGCUCUGCUUCCACCACCAGAGGUGGGACACUAGCCUGAUCCAGCAACCUAUUCUUUCAUUGUUAAGUGUAUAUUCUCUCUCUCUUAAUUCAUUCAUUUACAACAAGUAAACAAAUUGCAUGAUUUAAAUCACAUCAUUAUUAUUGACUUCCCUUCUCCCUCCUUCCAUGGCUCAUUAUAAUUUCCCCCUUUCUGCUGCAUAUUCAAAGUACAGUGGUACCUCGGGUUACAUACGCUUCAGGUUACAGACUCCGCUAACCCAGAAAUAGUGCUUCAGGUUAAGAACUUUGCUUCAGGAUGAGAACAGAAAUCAUGCCCCGACGGCACGGCGGCAGCAGGAGGCCCCAUUAGCUGAAGUGGUGCUUCAGGUUAAGAACGGACCUCCGGAACGAAUUAAGUACUUAACCUGAGGUACCACUAUACUCCUUUUUCUUUCUGUUUCACCAUCUUACCUUAUUUUAUCCCCCCGCCACCCCCGCUCCAAUUACAGUGGUACCUCAGGUUACAUACGCUUCAGGUUACAGACUCCGCUAACCCAGAAAUAUUACUUUGAGUUAAGAACUUUGCUUUAGGAUGAGAACAGAAAUCAUGCGGCGGCAGCGGGAGGCCCCAUUAGCUAAAGUGGUACCUCAGGUUAAGAACAGUUUCAGGUUAAGAACGGACCUCCAGAACGAAUUAAGUUCUUAACCCGAGGAACCAUUGUAGUCUGAUCCUGCUAAUGUUUCUAGUCCUUUACAAUGAUUUUUCAAAUAUUCCACCAAUUUCCCCCAUUCUUUCUUAAAAACUUCCUUCUCCUGGUCUUAAAUUCUACUCGUUAAUUCAGCCAUUUCGGCAUACAGUGGUACCUCAGGUUACGUACCGUAUUUUUCGCUCUAUUGGACGCAGUUUUUCCCCUCCAAAAAUUGAGGGGAAAUGUGUGUGCGUCCUAUGGAGCGAAUGCAGGCUUGUGCCAUAGCCGCGCGCAACCCCUCCGGCAGGGAGAGGCUGCACGGGGCUAAAGGGGAAGCCAAAACAGCGAGCGGGAUCCAUCCCGCUCGCUGCCUUGGCUUGUUCCAUAGCUGGGCGCAACCCCUCUGGCAGGGAGAGGUUGUGUGCAGCCUGUACGCUGCUCUUUGGGGCUGGGGGGGGGGGAAAUAUUUUUUUUCUUGAUUUCCCCCCCUAAAAACUGGGUGUGCCCUAUGGUCCGGUGCGCCCUAUGGUGCGAAAAAUACGGUACUUAAUUCGUUCUGGAGGUCUGUUCUUAACCUGAAACUGUUCUUAACCUGAAACACCACUUUAGCUAAUGGGGCCUCCAGCUGCUGCCGGAGCACGAUUUCUGUUCUCAUCCUGAAGCAAAGUUCUUAACCCGAGGUACUAUUUCUGGGUUAGCGGAGUCUGUAACCUGAAGUGUCAGUAACCUGAAGCGUCUGUAACCCGAAGUACCACUGUAUUCUGUCCAUUUCAUCUGCCAAUCCUCCUUCGCUGGAACUGCUCCUUCCUUCCACUUCUAACUGGAGAUUCCCCGGCCCUUUCUGGGUGCAAAUAAAACCCCUCAAACCCACAUCUUAGCUGUGAUCCCUCUCCCAGUUGAGGUCAGAGUACCGUUGGCUUGUGCAAUAGCAAGUUGGCUGCGGUUGAAGCUGCCCUUCCCCUUUUCUGUGCCUGCUGAGGGCUUCUGACAGACCCAUCGCCUCUUCCAACUGCUUUGUGUCUUGCAACAUAACGUUCACAAGUCUGCCAAGGGCUGUGGGGAGAUGAGGCACUUUGGCUAAGGACUUGUGGCAUUGUGGUGUUCAACCCAAGCUGUUCAUCCUCCUCCUGUCUGGCGGCAAGGCUGCCUCAAACUGGCGGCUUUCUAAGAUUUUCCUUCCCCUUCUAGGGUUUAUUUUCUUGGAACUUGACAGCAAAAGGUCCUGCCUGGCGCAAUCUGGGAGAUAGGAGUUUAGAGGAGUGGCAGGUAUGUCAUACAACCUACUGUUUAUAGCAGGGGUAGGCAACCUAAGGUCCGUGGGCCAGAUGCGGCCCAAUCGCCUUCUCACUCCGGCCCGCGGAUGUUCCGGGAAUCAGCGUGUUUUUACAUGAGUAGAAUGUGUGCUUUUAUUUAAAAUGCAUCUCUGGGUUAUUAGUGGGGCAUAGGAAUUCGUUCAUUUUUUUCCCCUUCAAAAUAUAGUCCGGCCCACCACAUGGUCUGAGGGACGGUGGACUGGCCCCUAGCUGAAAAAGUUUGCUGACCCCUGGUUUAAAGUCUCGUAUGCACUGUACACUUAAAGUAGCAUUGUAGCAUUUUGAACAGGAUGCGGGUGGCGCUGUGGUCUAAACCACUGAGGCUAGGGCUUGCUGAUCAGAAGGUUGGCGGUUCGAAUCCCCGCGAUGGGGUGAGCUCCCGUUGCUCUGUCCCUGCUCCUGCCAACCUAGCAGUUCAAAAGCACACCAGUGCAAGUAGAUAAACAGGUACUGCUGUGGCGGGAAGGUAAAUAGCGUUUCCGUGCGCUCUGGUUUCCGUCAUGGUGUCCCGUUGUGCCAGAAGCGGUUUAGUCCUGCUGGCCACAUGACCCGGAAAGCUGUCUGUGGACAAACGCCGGCUCCCUCGGCCUGAAAGCGAGAUGAGUGGCACAACCCCAUAGUCGCCUUUGACUGGACUUAACCGUCCAGGGGUCCUUUACCUUUACCUAGCACUUUGAACAGUCUGGGAACUGUAGUUUGUUACAGGUGCCAGGAGUUGUCAGGAGACUCCCUGCCCUCCUCAGAGUUCCCUGGGAAGAGGAAUUGAUUGUCAAACCGCAAAAUCCUAAACUGGAUGGAGCAACUCGGUAUAAGGCUGCAGCUCAGGUAGCAGAGUACAGGCAACACCCCGAAGGAGCAUCUCCAUCCCCAUCGUUCUGCCCAGACACUGAGGCCCAGCGGCGAUGGCCUUCUGGCGGUUCCCUUGCUGUGAGAAGCCAAGUUACAGGGAACCAGGCAGAGGGCCUUCUCGGUAGUGGCAACCCCCUGUGGAACACCCUCCCACCAGAUGGCAAAGAGAACAACAACUACCAGGCUUUUAGAAGACAUCUGAAGGCAGCCCUGUUUAGGGAAGCUUUUAAUGUUUAAUAGAUUAUUGUAUUUUAAUAUUCUGUUGGAAGCCACCCAGAGUAGCUGGGGAAGCCCAGCCAGAUGGGCGGGGUACAAAUAAAUUAUUACUAUUAUUAUUAUUAUUAUUAUUUAAUUAAUUUACCUGGGCAUUACAUUCCAAGGAGUUUAAGCAAAAUUGCGUAUAUUGGGGGCACCAUUGAAAAAGCCCACAAACAGGACAGCUGCUCCCUCCAAACCUUUUUGCUCACAUUCCCAACUCUCCACGAGCCGCAAGGGCAGUGUUAGAAAGGGCACCUUAAACCCUAGGUUAUGGUUGCCGCAACAGAAUUCCUAGGCGCCUUUUUAAAAAUCGGUGAGGUUUAUUUUUUAUUAAUUUCAUUUUGAUUCCACUUUAUAUUUUAAAGAAAAAAGAAUCUCUGCUUUAAAAAUAUUUUUAUUAGGAAUUUCAACAAAACAUUUUAUCAAAAAACGUAUCAUCCUUAAUUCCCCCCCCCAUUUCCCCCCUCCCCAUAAAGUAAACCCCCUCCCUCCCCCCCCCCCCAGACUUCCCUCAGCUCCUCUCUCUGGUUUAUCAACAAAUGUUAUUCUCUGCAUGUUGCAAAGUUGUAUAGAUCCUUAAUUUGUCUGACUAGCUGUUGUCAAUAAAAAGUUUGUGGUUGUUUAUUCAAAACCUGCCAAGGAGUCCAGUUCAUUGUGUUGUUUCUUUAAGUACUUUGUAAAGCGUUCCCAUUCAUCUCUGAAGUCACAGUUAUCCUUGUCCCAUAGUUUAUGUGUCAGUUUUUUCAAUUCUGCAUAGUCCAUCAGUUUCUCUUGCCACAGUUCUUUAGUCAGGAUUUCCUUGUUCUUCCAUCCUUGCGCUAUUAAGACUCUUGCUGCCGUUGUUGCAUACAUGAAGAUAUUUUUCACUUUCCUUGGCAGGUCUUUUCCUACAAUCCCUAACAGAAUCUCUUAAGUGUUUUGCAAAACAUUAAAACAGAAAAGGACGGGGGCAGGGGGGAAUGCAAUGAAUAAGAUGUACCUGCUUCAGAAAACUGGAGGGGCCAGGCAAAUCGAGAGGUCCAUCAUCCACCUGGCACCCGGAGAUCUCCAUGUGGUCACAAUUUGAACCCAUGCCAGUAACAAAAUGUGCCUGGCUAAUUUCUACCACUAUGCAAGGGCUCCUGGGAUUGAACUCACAAAGACUCGCAGGAUCUCUAGAUAAUGAUAAUAAUAAUAAUAAUAGUAAUAAUAAUAAUAAUAUAAUAAUAAUAAUUUAUUAUUUAUACCCCACCCAUCUGGCUGAGUUUCCCCAGCCACUCUGGGCAGCUCCCAAUCAAGUAUUAAAAACAAUACAGCAUUAAAUAUUAAAAACUUCCCUGAAGUGGGCUGCCUUCAGAUGUCUUUUAAAAAUAGGAUAGCUACUUAUUUCCUUCACAUCUGAAGGGAGGGUGUUCCACAGGGUGGUCACCACUACCGAGAAGGCCCUCCGUCUGGUUCCCUGUAACCUCACUUCUCGCAAUGAGGGAACUGCCAGAAGGCCCUUGGAGCUGGACCUCAGUGUCCGGGCAGAACGAUGGAGGUGGAGACGCUCCUUCAGGUAUACUGGGCCAAGGCCGUUUAGGGCUUUAAAGGUCAGCACCAACACUUUGAAUUGUGCUCGGAAACGUACUGGGAGCAAAUGCAGAUCUCUCAGAACCGGUGUUAUGUGGUCCCGACGGCCACUCCCAGUCACCAGUCUAGCUGCCGCAUUCUGGAUUAAUUGCAGUUUCCGGGUCACCUUCAAAGGUAGCCCCACGUAGAGCGCGUUGCAGUAGUCCAAGCGGGAGAUAACCAGAGCAUGCACCACUCUGGCGAGAUAGCCUGCGGGCAGAUAGGGUCUCAGCCUGCGUACCAGAUGGAGCUGGUAGACAGCUGCCCUGGACACAGAAUUAACCUGCACCUCCAUGGACAGCUGUGAGUCCAAAAUGACUCCCAGGCAUUGGUGUUUUUGUGCUAGUUUUGCCAUUUUUGUGGCGAUGCGUGCAAAAGCCGGGCAAGGUUUUCCCGCGGAGACCAACAGCCCCACCCGCCUGGUGGGAUAUCGAGAGUCAGUGUGGUGCAGUGGUUAGAGUGUUGGAAUAGGAGCUUGGGAGAUCAGGGUUCGAAUCCCACAUGGCCAUGAAGUUCACUGCGUGACCCUGGACCAAUCACUUUAUCUCUUAGCCUCACAGGGUGGUUGUGAGCAUAAAAUGGGGAGAAUAGUGUACGCCACGUGGGAGAGGUGGGAUACGAAUGCUGUUAAUAAUAGUACUAAUAAUAUUGUUUGGACCUGAGAGCCUACUCUCCAUUUUAAGGUUCUUGUAAAAAUAUUUCGGCUCCUAAAAAACCUGAAUUUCAGCUCCCAACAGACCUGAAUUUCAGCUCCUAACAAACUGAAGUCUCAAGCAGUCGGUGGUCUUUUUUUGUUCUUUACCUCCUGUUUAUAAGACGAAACCUGUCAUGAAGAGGUGCCAGGCCUGCAGGUUUAAUCCCUUUCCGCUGUCUUCGGGACAUUUUCACCCUGCUGGGACCUAAGUGCUUUCUCUAGACCUGCAAGUGUGUUAGAGAGAAGCUGGGUUUUGUGUGUGUGUGUGUGUGUGUGUUUGUGUGUGUGUCCCCUUUUCCUGCCACUGAGUUCCUCUCAAUGCGCUCAGAGCCAAAACUUGCAAUCUGCUUUUUUUUUUCCUUUUCAUUUGGGGAGUUUAAAUAAAAGGCACUGCGUACUGUGAUAGGAAUUUUGAGGUCUUAGAUAUAUGGUAAUGUUCCUAAGCAUACCAACCAAGCACGUACAUAGAUCAGUACAGGAAGACCGACCUGGAACCAUUUUGAUUCCCAAACUGUCCCAAACUGACCAAAUGUUUUCUCUGCAAGUCAAAGUGGGAGCCCUCCUCAUUGUCUCUUUCCUCACAAAUCCCGUCUUAAGGGCACAUUUAAGAUAUGAAUGGGGUGUGAGCCUGUGAACUGGCCCAGGAACUAAGUAUUUAUCAUUCCAAAGGACUGGCCAGGCUCCCCAGGCAAUCCAAUCAAGUAACCUGCCAGACAGGAGAUAAACAAUGACAGGAGAAAAACAACAUUCAAAUUUCCCGUUUAGACCGCCUUAUCUGUGAUGUAGGUGUGAUGUAUCUGAGGGGUGGUCUUAGGUUACACCCCUUCUAUGAUGUAUGUAUGUUUCUUGGGGUGGUCUUGAUCUACAGGAUGGGAAUUUCAAAAGUCUUUAUAAGGCCUUGCAUGCCAUUUUUCUGGGUUCCUCCUCUCUCCUGCGUGUGAGGGGAGCACCCUGUUGCAACAGAUCAAUAAAGAUCAAGAAUACUAGCUGCUUUGCUUCUCAAUAUUCUCUGGUUGGCCUCUGUUAUUCUCUCCUACCGAUAGGGAACCUACAUAAGGACUCUAUAUGGGCUCUUGGAUACCCCAUAAGGGAAAAGGGCAGAUUUUUGUUUACAACAGUGCGGUGGGGCGAGGUUCACUUAGGAAAAAUGAUUUUUUGGGUGCGUGGGAGGGCCAAUCAGACACAAGCACAGGCAAUGCCUGUUUCCCGUUCUGGGUCACUGUCGGAUGGAGGAGGGAAUGUUUUUGUGUCUUCCACAGUGGGGGAAAAAGAUGAAAACCAUGUGCUAGCUUUUGCAAGAUAUGUCCAAAAGCCCCUUUAUAACUGAUUUUUCGGUCGGUGGAGCCGGAACCAAGAGGGCUAGGUUGCCAACACGGUGCCCUCCAAAAGGUUAUAUAAAUCUGGAGGUGGUGGAAAUAAAUCGGAGGCACUGAGGUCCAGUGCCGAGGGCCUUCUGGCUGCUCCCUCGCUGCGAGAAGCCAAGUUACAGGAACCAGGCAAAGGGCCUUCUCAGUGGUGGCGCCCGCCCUGUGGAACGCCCUCCCACCAGAUGUCAAAGAGAAAAACAACUACAGUGGUACCUUGGGUUAAGAACGUAAUUUGUAAUUUGUAAUUUGAAACUGCUCUUAACCUGAGGUACAACUUUAGCUAAUGGGGCUAACAGAAUGGGAUUUCUGUUCUCAUCCUGAAGCAAAGUUCUUAACCCGAGGUACUAUUUCUGGGUUAGCGGAGUCUGUAACCUGAAGCGUCUGUAACCCCAGGUACCACUGUACCAGACUUUUAGAAAACAUCUGAAGGCAGCCCUCUUUAGGGAAGCUUUUAAUGUUGAAUAGAUUAUUGUAUUUUAAUACAGCGGUACUGCGGGUUACAGACGCUUCAGGUUACACACACUUCAGGUUACGGACUCCGCUAACCCAGAAAUAGUACCUCGGGUUAAGAAGUUUGCUUCAGGAUGAGAACAGAAAUUGCGCAGAUGGCAGCAGCGGGAGGCCCCGUUAGCUAAAGUGGUACCUCAGGUUAAGAACAGUUUCAGGUUAAGAACAGACCUCCGGAACGAAUUAAGUUCUUAACCCGAGGUACCACUGUAUUCUGUUCAAAGCCGUCCAGAGUGGCUGGGGAAACCAAGCCAGAUGGGUGGGGUAUAAAUAAUAAAUUAUUAGUAGUAGUAUUAUUAUCUGAAGAGAUAUCCUGGCCCUUGAUGGGGAGGGGGGAGUUUGGGAAGACAGGUGGGGGCGACAGGUCUCUUUCCUCUCCAGAGAUCCUCUUGCAGUAAAUCCCCCUCCGUUCGGCCGCAGAUGUUGAGUUAUGGCUCUGCUAAGAGGGAAGCCGUAAGCCAAGGAGCAUCGGAGUAUUAUCCUUACUCCAAGGACAGGCUUAAAAAAUAUAGGUGGGCAGGAUUUUUUUCGGGGGGUGUAUGCCAGGCAGGACAAGGACACUGGUGGCACUGUGGGCUAAACCACAGAGCCUAGGACUUGUGGAUCAGAAGGUCGGCAGUUUGAAUCCCUGCGACGAGGUGAGCUCCCGUUGCUCGGUCCCUGCUCCUGCCAACCUAGCAGUUCGAAAGCACCUCAAAGUGCAAGUAGAUAAAUAGGUACCACUCCAGCGGGAAGGUAAACGGCGUUUCCAUGCGCUGCUCUGUUUCGCCAGAAGCGGCUUAGUCCUGCUGGCCACAUGACCCAGAAGCUGUACCCUGGCUCCCUUGGCCAAUAAAGCGAGAUGAGCGCCGCAACCCCAGAGUCGAUCACGACUGAACCUAAUGGUCAGGGAUCCCUUUACCUUUACCUUAUGCCAGGCAGGGGGACAGGGGAAGCAGGAAGAGCCUCAGACGUCCUCUCUUCUCUCCCACCACCUGGGAGCAACCAUUGCACCACACUGCCUCAGUGGGAGAGAUUGGGGAAGCAGGGCUCGCUCCUGCUGCUUAGCCAAAACCCCAGCUCCAUCAGACACUUCCUCGACCAUCCUUGUCCCUUUUCCCUUGCAUGCCAGGUUUAUUUUAAUUAUUAUUUAAUUGUAUGCUGCCCUUCAGCCAUAGCUCUCAGGGCGGUUCACAAUAUAAAAAUACAAUAUAUAUAUAUUUUAAAAACACACAAAAUACACGAUAAAGAUAGGAACGAAAACACAUAAUAAUUCUCCUCUCCCACAAAAACAUCAUGGGUUGGGCACAAAAAAUCCUGCAUCGUGGGGGAUUGGACGAGAUGACGCCUAUGGUCUGUUCCUUUUUUUUUUUUUUUUUUAAAGCAAUUUAUUAGAUUUUACAAUAGGAAUAAAUGUAAUAAACAAUAUAACAUUCGUCUUAACAUAAUUUCACAUUUUCUUUGGACUUCCUCACAUCUCCCGCUCCCACCUUCAUCAUUAUAACAUUUUGUCAGCAAUUUAUCAUCUUAUUUAAAUUCUUAUAUCUCUUCGAUAUUUCAUAAUCUUAUAGUUCUCAUAAAGAGUUAAACUUUCACAGUUUUUCUUAUUUUCUUAAAAACUUCUAAGUUAAGUGGUGGUCAGUUAUUUAGUCAAGCAUCUUAUUCAGCAUUCAGUCAAAUCACAAUGUUUUUGUAGGUAGUUCUUAAAUUUCUUCCAAUCCUCCUCGAUUCUCUCUUCUCCCAGGUCACGGAUUCUGCCAGUCAUUUCAGCCAGUUGCAUAUAGUCUAUCAGUUGCAUCUGCCAUUCUUCCAGUGUGGGUAAAUCUUGAGUUUUCCAAUGUUUUGCGAGUAGUAUCCUUGCUGCUGUUGUUGCAUACAUAAAAAAUGUUUGGUCCUUCUUUGCCACCCCUUGGCCGACAAUACCCAAAAGGAAAGCCUCUGGUUUCUUAGUGAAAGUAUAUUUAAAUACCUUUUUCAAUUCAUUAUAAAUCAUUUCCCAGAACGCCUUCACUUUAGGGCAGGUCCACCAGAGGUGAAAGAACGUUCCUUCACACUCUUUACAUUUCCAGCACUUGUUAUCAGACAGGUGGUAAAUUUUUGCAAGUUUGACUGGGGUCAUAUACCAUCUAUAAAUCAUUUUCAUUACAUUUUCUUUCAAAGCAUUACAUGCAGUAAAUUUCAAUCCAUUACUCCACAGCCUUUCCCAGUCCUCAAACAUAAUAUUAUGCCCAAUGUCCUGCGCCCACCUUAUCAUAGCCGAUUUAACCGUUUCAUCUUGUGUAUUCCAUUCCAACAGCAAGUUAUACAUCCUUGAAAGUAUCUUAGUCUUUGGUUCUAACAAUUCUGUUUCUAAUUUCGAUUUCUCCACCUGGAACCCUAGUUUCUUAUCAUUUUUAAAAACUUCUUUAAUCUGAGCAUAAUGUAACCAAUCUCGCACUUUGUCUUUCAUUUUCUCCAAACUCUGCAGUUUCCAAUUAUCUCCGUCUUUUUCUAGUAUUUCCCAAUAUUUUGGCCAUUUGGCCUCCAUAUUGGGUCUUUUUCGGGCCUUAGCUUCCAAAGGUGAAAGCCACCUUGGUGUUUUAUUUUCCAGCAAGUCUUUAUAUUUUGUCCAGACAUUAAACAGUGAUUUUCUAACAAUAUGGUUCUUAAAGGCCUUAUUUGCUUUAACUUUGUCAUACCAUAAAUAUGCAUGCCAUCCAAAAACAUUGUUAAACCCUUCCAAAUCUAACACAUCAGUGUCUUCAAGAAGUAGCCAAUCUUUUAGCCAGCAGAACGCUGCGGCUUCGUAAUACAACUUUAAGUCCGGCAGGGCAAAGCCCCUCUUUGUUUUGCAUCAGUUAGUAUCUUAAACUUAAUUCUGGGCUUUUGCCCUGCCAGACAAACUUCGAAAUGUCUCUCUGCCACUUCUGAAAGCACUCCAUUUUGUCCAAAACCUGAAGUGUUUGAAAUAAAAACAACAUUCUUGGCAAUACAUUCAUCUUAAUCGCAGCAAUUCGGCCUAACAAAGAAAGUUUCAAUUUUGACCAACUGUCUAAGUCUCUCUUAAUUUCUGUCCAACAUUUUUCAUAGUUAUCCUUAAAUAGACUUAGAUUUUUUGCUGUUAUGUUUACCCCUAGGUAUUUUACAUUUUUAACCACAUUAAGUUCCGUCUCAUUCUGAAACCGUUCUGACUCUGUCUCAGUCAAAUUUUUUCCCAAAACCUUGGUUUUCUGUUUAUUUAAUUUAAAUCCCGCCACCCGACCAAAAUCAUUAAUCAAUUGUAAUACUCUUUUCGUACUAGGCUCUGGCUUCUGCAAGGUCAAAACCAGGUCAUCUGCAAAAGCUUUUAGUUUAUAUUGUUUCUGACCAACCUGAAUUCCUUCCACCAACUGGUCCCCUCUAAUCAUGUUCAAUAGCACUUCCAGAACCGAAAUAAAUAACAAAGGGGAGAUAGGGCAACCUUGUCGUGUCCCUUUUUCAAUUUUGAACUCUUCUGUAACCACAUUAUUAACUAUCAGUUUAGCUUUCUGUUCUGAAUAUAUCGCCUCAAUCCCAUUCUCAAAACCCCGUCCCACUCCCAUCUCUUUUAAGUUUCCCAUCAUAAAUUUCCAAGAAAUAUUAUCAAAGGCCUUCUCCGCAUCUAUAAAAAUUAAAACUGCUUUUGUAUUUAUGUCAGUUUGGAGAAGUUCCAAAAUAUCAAUAAUGUUCCUUGUGUUAGCAAACAGAUGUCUGCCUGGGAGAAAACCGGCCUGGUCCUUAUGGAUUACUUCAUUUAAAACUUUUUUAAAUCUACUUGCCAGAAUAUCUGCAAAUAUUUUGUAAUCCACAUUUAAAAGGGAGAUGGGACGGUAGUUCUUCAGUUGUGUCUUUUCAGCUUCUGACUUUGGUAUCAAUGUGAUAAACGCUUCCUUCCACGAAUCCGGUGCCCUCUUCCCCUCCAUAAUUUCAUUGCUAACCUCCAUCAAGGGUUGUAUCAAAUAGUCUUUUAGUGUCUUAUAAUACUUGGAGGUCAGCCCGUCUGGCCCUGGAGAUUUGCCAAGUUGCAUGUUCUGAAUAGCUUGUUCAAUCUCCUGUCGUGUUAUUUUAGAGUUCAGGGUUGUCCUAUUUUCUUGUGACAGUUUAGAUAAUCCAUUUUUGGCAAAAAUUGUUUAAUCUCGACUUCGUCUUGCGGCCCUUGGGUAUAUAAUUUUUAAAAUAUCUCUGGAAACACUUUCUAAUGUCCACUGGAUUCUGAAUGUUUCUUCCAUCGACCUCUAAAUUUGUAACCGUAUUUAAUCUUUGUCUUCUCUUCAACUGCCAAGAUAGCAGUUUUCCACAUUUAUUCGCCGACUCAAACGUUUUUUGUUUCAUUAAUUUAAUCUUCCAUUCAAUUUCCUGAUUUAUCAAUUUAGAAUAUUGUGUUUGAUACAGUUUAAUUUCUCUCAGAGUUGGCUGUGACUUUGGAUUCACUCUUAAUUUCUUCUCUAAUUCUUUUAUUUUAUCCAAAAUCUUGUCUUUUUUUCUCAUUUUGUGUUUUUUUUCCUUACUACAUUCUGUUGUAUCAAGAAUCCCCUCAUGACAGCUUUGCUUGCGUCCCAGACGAUUCUUUUUUCCACCGAAUUAUUCAUGUUUAUCUCGAAAUAGUCUUUCAAAACUUUUUGGGCCUUCUUGGUAAUUUCCUGAUCUCUAAACAAAUUGUCAUUCAUCUUCCAUCUAAAGGAUCCAGUUGGUAGUAGUGUCAUAUCCAUCUUUACUGCGUUGUGGUCAGAGCAGGUCUUUGGGCAGAUUUCCACUUUUCUAACCCUGGGUGCCAGGCCUCUAGAAAUCCAUAUUUGGUCGAUUCUUGUCCAGGUCAGUUGGGCUUCAGAAAAGAAUGUUCCUUCUCUACCUAGUGGGUUCUUUGUUCUCCAAAUGUCAAUCAAGUCCAUAUUGUCAGUCAUUUCAAAAAGGUUUUAGGUAGUCUGCCAUCUUUUGUGACAUUUUGACUUUGCGACUUGUCCAUGUUAGUUGAUACGACCCCGUUCAUGUCUCCCAUCAUUAUGAUGUUGUUGUAAUCCAGAUGAUCCAGCAUUGUCCCCUGCAACUUCUUGUAAAAUUCCGAUUUCCCUUCAUUGGGUGCAUAGAUUCCUAAUAUCAGCAGUUUCUCUCCUUGAUAUUGUAUCUCAAUAGCCAAAAUCCUUCCAUGUUCAUCUUUAAAUAGAAAUUUAGGUGACAGGCUCUCUUUUGCAUAUAUCACCACUCCUCUCUUCUUCACUUUGUCCGACGAAAUAAAUUCCUGGCCCAAUCUUUUAUUUAUUAGCACUUUUCUGUGGAGCCUCGUCACAUGUGUUUCUUGUAAGCAGAUAAUGUCCAAUUGUUCUUUUUUUAAUAUAUGAAAUAUUUUCUUCCUUUUCUCCGGAAUGUUGCAACCAUUAAUAUUCCAGCUCAACAGUUGCAGAGACAUCCUGGAUCUGUCUGGUUAUUUCUCCCGGGGUGGUGUCUUCUCUGGAUCUUCAAGUUCCCCAGGUGCAGGUAUUAAUGCUGGCUUUGCCCCAGGCCCGGAAGGUAGUUCAAUUCCAACUCUGUAGGUCUGUUCCAACUCUAUAAUAUGAUUCUGGGAUUUAAAAGGGUAUUGGAAGUUAUCAGCCAAAGGCCUAGUAGAAAGGGAACUUUAAUUUGUAAGCUUGCAGACAGGGAUGUCUUGUUCUAGUUGAUUGACUGCAAGCUGCUCUGGCAACCUUUUGAAAAAAUGUGUUUAUUCUUUAAAUUCUUUUAAAAAUGUAUUCUUUAAAUUUCCCCUGAACACUCCCCCCCCCCCCCAAAUACAUUAUGAAUACUUACCUUUCCAUACAGGCACCAUGACUCCUACAACAUGUUCUAUUCAGUGAUUCAGAAGUUAAUAUAAACCUUCAGGACUCGUCUUGGGGAUGGGGUUUUGUUUUUGUGUGUGGAGAAUUUGUCUGAGAUUUCUUUGUUUUUCCUCUUCCCUCCCUAACCCUUUCCCCUUGUGUGUCAUGAGUUUCAGAUUGCAAGCCUGCAGGCGGGGGGGCCGUCUGGUCUGAAUUGAUUCUACUCGAGCCGCAAUGGGGGGCCUUUUUGAAGCGCAGGGUAGAAACUCUCUAAAUAAGUGAAGUUUUGUAGCUGCAGGGACUCGUUCAAGAGGAAGCAGGGAUGCUGCCCGUUUUGGGGGCUAAAAAGCAGGCAUCUGGGGUUAAUUAAGGGCUGAGCAUGAAUUUUUUCUUCCUCUCUUGGCGGCUGAGUCAAGUGUUUGCUUUUGGUCGGCUUAUUUGUCUUCAUAGCUUUCUAUUUGUUUUCUUGGAGGGAUAAAACCACUCCUGUCUCUCCCCCCCCCCAAAAAAAAGAAGAGCAGGCAAACUCAGGAGAACCGUAAAUCGCCCUGAAUAAUGAUCAGACAGUGAAGGAGCUCAUUUAGGGCCCGUUUGCCUGGAAAGGGUCGAAAAUCUAUUCUGAACACAGGACUGCCUGAUUUGUGGCUCAGAUACUGAGCUCAGGGGUGUCAGCAGGCAGGUCAGGAUGAGAUUCACUGAGCGGAGCUUGGAUCCUGACAAGACAAGUACUGUUUUGGGGGGACAGGGGGCAGGCAGGUGUUUCCAAGCACAGUUCGAAAUGUUGGUGCUGACCUUGAAAGCCCUAAGCGGCCUUGACCCAGUUUACCUGAAGGAGCGUCUCCACCCCCAUUGUUCUGCCCGGACACUGAGGUCCAGCUCCGAGGGUCUUCUGGCGGCUCCCUCACUGCGAGAAGUGAGGUUACAGGGAACCAGGCAGAGGGCCUUCUCGGUGGUGGCACCCGCCCUGUGGAACACCCUCCCACCAGAUGUCAAAGAGAACAACAACUACCAGAUUUUUAGAAGACAUCUGAAGGCAGCCCUGUUUGGGGAAGCUUUUAAUAUCUGAAGGACUAUUGUAUUUUAAUAUUUUGUUAGAAGCCGCCCAGAGUGGCUAGGGAAACACAGCCAGAUGGGCGGGGUAUCAAUAAUAAAUUAGUAGUAGUAGUAGUACCUAUGUAAGAGGCUUGUUUAUCAUUAUAUUUUGGGAAUGUUUUUAUGUAGCUGUCUUGUUUCAUUCUUUCUGCAUGCCCCGUGAUCAUAUUAUAAAGUAGCUGUGAUCUGUGUUAUAAAUCAAGCCCUGCUAGCGGCUGCCUCUUUUUGAUUUCCAGUGUAUUUCUUAUCAAUAAGAAAUUCAGUGCUGUGUGAACCAAAUGUGGCCUGGUAUAUGUGUGUGUGGAGUUUGAGAACCACUGCCCAGGCAUCUCACCGCUUUGAACGCUCACAGCUUCCCCCAAGGACUAUGAUGUAUGGGCCAAACUCUGGAAUGAGAGUAUAAAAUUCACCGCUUGUUCUGCCUUAAAAGAGAACGUUAUGAAGAUGGUCUAUCGUUGGUAUCUUACUCCCACCAAAUUGGCAAAAAUGUAAAGAAGUAGUAGUAAAACUUGCUGGAAAUGCAAGGAAAAGGAUGGCGACUUCUUUCAUAUGUGGUGGUCAUGUAAUAAAUUAAAAGAGUUCUGGGAAUCGAUUUAUAACGAGUUAAAAAAGAUGUUUAAGUAUAGCUUUCCCAAAAGCCGGAAGAAUUCUUGCUAGGUUUGGUGGGAGAAGAUAUUAAGAAGACUGAUCAAAGAUUAUAUUUGUAUGCAACAACAGCAGCUAGAGUUCUGAUAGCUCAAAAGUGGAAGCAACAGGAGAUGCCGACAAUAGGAGAAUGGCAGAUAAAGCUGGUUGAAUACGCUGAGAUGGCUAAAUUGACACACAGAAUUCGCAAUCAGGAGGAGACAAAGUACCAAAAAGAAUGGUGCAAAUUUUUGAUCUAUAGAAGUGAGAACUGUGCAAAUUUGAAAACUUUGGCAGGAUUGAAGUAAAUCUUAUGUCAUGUUGUAAUAGCUAAUCAAAGAAACUGUGAACUAUAGAACAGAAUAGGAAAACUGAUGGAAGGGAAGGACGGAAGUCAACAGCUCUACGGAGCAUAAAGUAGGAUAUAUGUAAUAAGAUUCGAUGUUUUACUGGUGUUGGUGGGUGAUCUUAAAUCUCAAUAAAAAUUAUUUUUUUAAAAAAGAACGUUCACAGCUUCCCCCAAGGAAUUCUGGGAACUGUAGUUUGCUAAAAGGGUGCGGAGAGUUGUUAGGAGACCCCUAGACCCACUCACAGAGCUACAAUUUCCAGAGCUUUAAUCCUUCUUCCUCUGGGAUAGCUCAGUUGGUAGAGCAUGAGACCUCUGGGUUGCGGGUUCGAGUGCUACUUUGGGCAAAGCCUGCAUUGCAGGUGGUUGGACUAGAUCAAGGGUCAGCAAACUUUUUCAGCAGGGGGCCGGUCCACUGUCCCUCAGACCUUGUGGGGGGCCGGACUAUUUUCUUGGGGGGGGGGAAUGAACAAAUUCCUGUGCCUGACAAAUAACCCAGAGAUGCAUUUUAAAUAAAAGCACACGUUCUACUCAUGUAAAAACACCAGGCGGGACCCACAAAUAACCCAGAGAUGCAGUUUAAUAAAAGGACACAUACUCCCGGUAUGCCCCACGGAGAGCCUCAAGGUCCAUAAAUAGCAACACCCUAGAGGUCCCGGGCCCUAAGGAAGUCAGAUUGGCCUCAACCAGAGCCAGGGCCUUUUCAACACUGGCCCCGGCCUGGUGGAAGGCUCUGUGUCAUGAGACCAGGGCCCUGCAGGAUCUGAUUUCUUUCCACAGGGCCUGUAAGACAGAGUUGGCCUUUGGCUCGGAGCCAAUUUGAUUCCCUCCCCCUCUUUCUUUUUCCUUUCUCCUCCUGUGAUGAGGCUGCAUUUUAAUAUUUUAAUGUUUCAAUAUUUUAAUGUUGUCUUUUAAUCUUGUUUUUAAGUUGUAUUCAUUCAACUUGUUUUUAUUAUUGCUUGUUAGCUGCCCUGAGUCCCGCCUUGGCUGGGGAGGGCGGGGUAUAAAUAAAAAUUAUUAUUAUUAUUAUUCAUGUAAAAACACACUGAUACCCGGACCGUCAGCAGGCCGGAUUUAGAAGGAGAUUGAGCCAGAUCCGGGCCCCAGGCCGUAGUUUGCCUACCCAUGGACUAGAUCAUCCUCUGGUCCCUUCCGACUCUACAAUUCUGAUUCUCCACCCUCAUCACUUAUUAGCUUUUAUGGUUGAGCAUGAUAUUUGGCAAGCAGUUAGGAGAACCAGCUUCUUGCUACUCUCCUUGAGGCUUCAGCUUAAAACAGCUAAACGUCUGCGUCCGUCCGUCCGUUCUCCCCCCCCCCUUUUUUAACAUGACCUGUGUCGGAAAAACAAGAGCGGCAGCAAAUCUGUGUGUAACUAGCUGUGGAGUCUUGACUUAAAUGCAGGUGGACAGAUUAAUCAGUGCUUUUGGCGGGGGAGAGAGAAACCCAACACCCCAGGAGUCUAUUAAAACUUGACAAACAGCAGGUACGGUUUUGGGGUGGGGGGGUUGAGAAGGGGGAUGCUUUAAAGGGCUGGCAAAGCGAGGCUAUUAAAACAACAUCACUCGAGGUUUGAUUUAUUUCCUACAGCUUUAUUCACUGCUGGGCUGCUGUCUCUCUCUCUUUCCUGUUUAAAAAUAGAAGGCCCUAAUGAUCGUUCCUUUCCUCCCGAGGCUGUGGAAUUUAUCUCUAUUGUCUGCCGUCAUUUUCAAAUAGCUCUUUCUCUCUCUCUCUCUCCCCCUGCCUUCCCUCGAUCUCUUUUUUCCUUCCGCUAAACUUUUCCACCUCUGUAAAUUCACACUGGGGUCCGACUGCUUCGGUUUUUGAGAUCGAUCAGGCCAGUUCCAAAGUUUAUGGCUGUUAAUGGCGCUUGCCAGGGAUAUAAACUGCCUUUCCUCACCUCUCCCAGAGAAAAGAACAGAGCGCCGUGUGGCUAUUAGGAAGUAUUGACCCCGUUGGGUUCAAUUAUUUGAAACGGGGAGUGCCAUUUGUUUAAGAAAAAAGGGAAAGGAGCCUGAUUUUAUUGUCAAGCAUGCAAAAAAAUGGCAUGUUUCAAAGUUCAGUAGGCUUUAAAAAUCCAUCCGCUCUCAUCAGGGAGCCCACGGGGGAAAUGUGCCCAUUAUGGUCGCCGCUUUCAGAGAAACAAAAACUUUGGCAUAGAACCGUAGAUUUGGAAGGGGUUCCGAGGGUCAUCUAGUCCAACCCCCUACUGUUAAGUUGUGGGUGAACAUAUCAGACGACUUCAAACAGCUCUUCUUUAUUCAGAGGCCAGAACAGAACUGAACUGAAGGGUUCAGCCAGCCUGCUUAUAUAGAGCUCCAGUACAACGUUACUGUAACAACUUUCUAAAACUAUCCAAUCACUGAACAUCACUUUCAAUCCCUUAUUUGCAUAACUAUCUACAGUAUCCCCCUGCUGGCCCAGGGUGAGAACUUCAGUACAUAACACCUACAAUGCAGGAAUGUUUGGUCCACAACCGUGAGAUUAAGAGUGAGUCUCGUGCUUUGCUGACUGAGCUAUCGCAGCUGAAUCACCGUGGUAAGAGCACGAGACUCUUAAUUUCAGGGUUGUGGGGUGGAAAACCACGGCAAACGGCACUUAAGCCAAUUCUGAGAUUUGUUUCCGAAACUUGGAGGAAGUUGAAUCCAGAUGGCAGCUUGAGAUGAACUCAGGAGAGAGGCACCUGACCAAACAAUAGCAGAACCAGGGCAGAGAUGCACCCAGCCCUGUUUACAAAGCUUGUUCAAAUAAAGGAGUGUAGCACGGCGCGAGCACACGUAUUUUCUCAGUGCGUGACACCAGCGCAUAGGAGCGUGCUAGACUUUGGCAAGAAGGGCGCACGCCAAAUUAAUAUUCCACCUUUCCCCUAGAACUGGGACUCAAGGUGGCUCACGGAAAUUAAAACCAACCCCGAUAAAAUGCAGAAAGCUAAAAACGUAUAAAAGAUAAUAGUUGAAAAAAGUUCGAUCAACAGAACUGGCACUACUAUUGCGCCACAUAAUUCCCGUUCCGCGUUUGUAGGAACUCGUUAACUUUGGAGCUACCUGCCUAUUGAGAUCAAUCACAUGCUUUCACUGUACUCUUUUCGGUGCCUACCAGAAAUUUAUUUUGCUUUGACAAGCCUACCCAGAUGCAUAGGAAGUUGAAGGUAAUAUUAGUCGGUUUUAGUAUUUUAACUUUUGUAUGUUUUAAGUCGGGUUGUGAAUUUUUCUCGUUUUUAUUCUAUCUUUGAGGGUGGUGGUUGUUUUCAAUCAAUCAAGCGGUGCAUAGAUCUCAUGAAAUAAAUAAAAAACUACUUAAACAAUUGGAACAAAAAGCAGAUUUUGCCAGAAAAUGCAGGUGGUGGUUGCCUGGACACUCAGGUGAAAAUUAUGGCAAGCAGUGGAUAUGUGGGAGUCCGGACAAAGUCUGGAAACCAAACGCCAUCUAGAAACCAGAUCACUUCAUUUUCAACUUCCAAAUCAGGGUAAUUUUGUAAGGACCACCCCUGCUUUUGAAUAUUCUUCUCGGAACUAUCCAUCUCGCUAAUUGUAUCUUCUUCACGCUGCCGCUAUUUGGUGACUCCUCCUGACGUUCCGCUUGUGUUUCCUCUUUGCAGAUUCCAGCAAUGCCUUUCUUAAUCUGGUUCAACCUGCUGCUGCUCUCCCUGAAUGUUGGCGCUUCGAAGACUUGCUUCCCAGGGUGCCACUGUGA